AAAAUAAAUUUAUUUUUAUAAAUCUUGUCAAAUGGACCUAAAUGGAUCAACCAGAACCAGAAGAAUCCACAAACUCAAUCACAGAAUCUUCUCAAGAAUGGCACAUACUUAACCUUUUAAGAGUUUGUGAGAGGGACCUUUUUGAAAGUAACCUUCAAGAAUUCAGAAAAAUACAAUUGACUGAAUCGCAAGAUGGUAAAGUUCGACUUUGUAAAUUAAUUAAUGAAAUUUUAAGAUUGGAUCCACAAUAUUCAAUAAUACUUGUGGAGGAUUUGUCACAUUUGUUUAAUGAUUCGAAUUUUGUGGUUCAGAAAUUCGCUUUAAUUUCAUUGGUUGACUGUUUUAACAUACUCUUUAGUCAUAUUAUCGCAUCAAAUGAGGUUCUGGAAACUGUACGGCUCACCUGCUCACUCGACUCCAUCUCCAAAUCACAAAUUACAAGAUGUAAACACACAGUAACUACGGGUAAUUCCACAUAUUCAAACAGUGCACAAUUGCCUAACGGAUAUAACACAUCAACUCUUAAUAAUUUGGUUGACAGUGUUCCAAAUAGUGGUAAGGUUCCUGAGGAUGAUGGGAAGGAUUUGGAAAAUUUACCAUUUUCUCUGGAUAAUGUAAGAAUUCCAGAAAGCUUUGCAGAUUUUGCCUGUAUUAGGUUCAUGGUACAUACGAGACUACUGGACUGUGACUUCUCAGAUGUUAAGUAUAACUCAGCUCAUUUCCUGCCAACUUUAAUACAUAACAGGACGAAAUUUUACUCUGUAAACCUGGUUAAAAUGUUAUUUUACGAACUGGCAAAUUAUCCAAAUUAUCUAUGCCACCAGUGUGUUCAACCAGGGACCGGUGAUACCACCGAAACCAGUGCAGAAAGUAAAGUUAAAAAUAAGAAGAAAAAGGUGAAAGGAGUUAAAACAGAUGAACCAAACUCUGUUAUCUACGAAACUUUAUAUAAAUGGCAAUCAGAAUCAGUAAAUUUACUCCUGAUUCUCCUAAACAAACAUAAUAAACUCAGCACUCCGGGAGGUAAAAAAAGGGUAAAAAAUGAGUAUGACGGCCUAGUGGAAUCAGUAUUAAGUAGUGAAGUGGCAUGUAGUCUGAUUGGGUUUUAUCCGGAAUACUAUUUUGAAGUGUUUGUGGACUCUUUGGUACGAUUGUUGGGAACACAAAAUCACAAGAUUUUCGAGCCUAUUCUGUUCAGAAUCUUCUCAUUCAACAACUGUUACAAAUACCAUCACGUAUUGUUGGAUAAGGUAAAUCAGAGGGGUUACGGACUAGAGUUGGAGAAUAUGUAUAAACUGGUCCAGACUCUCCCGUCAGUAUCCUGUGAACCUUACAGAGGAACGAUGAUGGGAGUUGAUAGUACAGAAUCAAUGGAUAAAGAGGCCAAUUUUGACUUGUCAGACAAACUUGUGACAAGUUUGUCAGUUGAUUUUGAUGAUAAACUUGGCUUAUACCCGGCAGCGCAGGUGUUUGAAUUUGAUAAGGAACUGGUGAAAAAUUACAAAAGCUCAAAGUUUAAAAACUCACAAAUUUCCAUCUCAAAUAAUUUCUAUAAACGGAAACCCGUUACCAUUACGCCAAUCUCCUAUGACACGAGUUUUCUCACUUCUGAAAUUCUUAAACCUGAUGACCGUCAGCCUGACGCCCCUCAUCCCGUUGACAGUGACAGGGAAACUGUCCAGAAGCUAGUGGAGAGUAGAUUAAAAAUAGUUGAUGAAGAUGAAAUACGGAAGAAUGAGAAGCUGUUUGUUAGAUUAGUUGGGAAUCAGAUGAUAGAUACAGUCGCAAGUUAUCAGAGGUAUCUAAAAUUUGAAGUUAUUGGGCCUAAAUUACCAAAUUAUGACAAAUUUGCAAGUCAAGUGCUGAAGCACUUUUUAGUCUCAAAUUUAAUUCAAUUUGAGAACAGAAUAGAAGUUCUGAAAAACCUCUUCGAAUACUUGGCAGAGUACACUUUAAUUAAUCACGCGGAAUCACAUUUCCUAAAGUUACUUAAACACCACAGUGAGUUCUACGGCUUAUCUCUACUGUUCAGCUGUGUCAACAGGCAGAACAAUGUCCAGUUAUUUAACAACUACUUGGAAGUGUUGAAUGAGUAUAUUAUGUUUUCAUAUACCACCAACUUCGCCAAGGCAACUUCCGUAAAUUCUGAACUUGCUAAGGAGGAAUACAUGGAAGAAUAUGAAAAAUUUGUAAACUUGUGUCUGUCGUACGUGUGUGAAAAGUUGUCAGAAAGUGAAGAAGUAAACGAUGUAUCAGUGAAUACAUUCUCUAAAUUUGUGUUAAAUUUACCGAAAAUCCCUGAUAAAAUGUCAGAUUUGAUAGUGGUGUGGGUAAAAUCUGAGAAACAGGGGAAUUUAAAACUCGCAUUCUCACUAGUGUCAAACCUGCUGAAACACACUUCACUAGCGAAGAAAGCUGAUUUUGAACGAGUUAUAUGCAAAGAUUACUUUAGGUAUGUGUCCAACAUGUUACUCAUAAAGAGAACAGUGUUUGCCAUAUUCCUCAGAUGCGUAACAAGUAAAAGGAACCAAGUUUCUUCUCUAUUCCUGAGACUGUUGUCAUCUCAGAAAGGUUUAUACAAUGUAAAGAAUAAUUAUACAGUUAAGAAAUUUCGAUCAAUUCAUGAAGAUUUUGUGCAGAAACUUAGGGAAUUUACCGGGUCAGAUGAGGAGAAGGAGUUGGUGGAGGAUUGUUUAUACCUUUCAGACAGACCAUUUUGGCAGUGGCCCCCAAAAUUAGUCUCUCUAUCCACAGAAUUAUUGAAGUUUGAUCUGUCCGACGUUGGACCUGAGGGUGAAGAAGAAGAAGAGUUAGAGGAACCUGAGGAAGAAGAUGAUGAAGAUAUUGGAGUGUGGAUAGAAGAAAGUGUAGGAUUAAUGUGUAAUAGAAAUAGUUUAAAAACGAGCAAAUUCAUCAAAAACGCCGUUGAAAACCUUUUCAACACUACAUUACAAAGCGACACUCCGGAAGUUAAUGACCAACAGGAUAAAGUAGAAGAUGAACCUGAGAGACUGGAUCAACAGUAUAACACAGUAAAUCCACAGGCUAACACAUUAAAUCCACAGGAUGACUCAGAUGAAUUGGAUGUGAUAAUGGACGAUGUGGAAAAGGAAGUGUCUGAAGAUGAUUUGGUAUACUUUGAACCGAUGUUAUCAUGUUGUAUAAGGAAUUCUAGACUAGUUUUCAGGUUAUGCGCACUGGCAAAUUCAUAUCCAGGAACUCACUUCUACACCAAAUGCUCACAAACUCUAGCCAAUUACCAACAAGAAUUACAACUCAUCAUCAAGUAUAAUGAGGAGUAUAUGAGUUUGGUGGAGAGUGUAUUGGAGGAGUUGAGGAAGAGUUGGUGUAAUGUGAUGUUUAAAUUUGAUGAGAGAACGGAUUUGGAGAAGAAUUUGAUGAAAUUAUUGAUGGAAAAAAUGCACGUGACGCCGGAAUAUGUGAUACAAAUGUCGCCAUUUCUAAGUCCAGACCAACUGAAUAAGUUAUUAAUAUUUUUAUUCAGAAAGUAUGAAAAGGAGAAGAUAAUCAAAGUGCUGGAUGUGAUCAUAGAAACACCGAAAGUCUCGCUGCCACAACACUUUUUAUACUCAAUUUACAACAUGCCAACUUCACAGAUAAGUAAUAAACUAGCCACAGUAGUAUCACAGAGUACUGGAGUUCCACAGGGCACAGUUUCAGAGGUUACUCCGGUAACACCGGUGGAUGAAAAAGAUUAUAUGAAGUUACAAGUAUUGUUGCUGGAUACUUGUAUCAAGUAUUGUACGCUGGGAAGAUUCUCAGUGGAAUCAGCAAUAUCGUCGCUGUAUCUAAUUGUGGAAUCAUUUGAUAAUAUCAACUUCGUGUUCGGCAGACUUUUAUGUCAAUUUGUACAGAAAGUGCCAUUGACGAGGAAAGUAAUCGUAGAUGUGAUAUUCCCGAAGCUGAUCCAGAAACAGUGCUGGCAAGAUAAACAAUUAUUUAAAGGAGUGGUAAUAACAAUUUGCACACUGUGGAAUCAUUUCAAGGACCAUCUCCUGAGAUAUAUUUUGGAGAUGCCAAAUUCUAAUGUCAAGACAGUACUAAAGGCACUCCAAGCGCAGUAUAAUAUCUCAGAGUAUUUCAAAAACAUUACACUCCCAGAUCAUAUACAACUCAUACUCCAAGACGUCAUUAACAAUAAAUAA